CGGCGGCCGGGCGGCGGUAGGGGGAGUCCGGGGCGCGGGAUGGCGGCGGGCGGCUCGGUGCGGGUGCCCCGGCGCUGCGCCUACAGCUGGGGGGUGCGGUCGGCGCGGCCGGAGGAGGGGCGGCGGGGGCGGCCGGAGGAGCGGGCCUACGAGAUCCCGGGGCUGGAGCCCGUCACCUCGGCCGGACGGAUGCACCACGUGCCGGGGCUGGCGCGGCCCCGCUUCCCGCGCUGGGAGCCCGACGCCCCCGACCCGCGCUUCUACCGCGCCCCGCCGCCCCACCGCAUGCCCCUGCACCGACCCCGGCCCUGCUUCUUCUUCCAGCAGCGCUGCCGCCUCCUCGAAGGCGUUAAACAAGCGCUGUGGCUGACCAAAGCCAAGCUGGUGGAAGGCCUCCCGGAGCGGCUGCUCCGCCUGGCCGCGGACCCCAGCAGUCACGUCCCCGACCAGGACGAGCGGGUGCAGAGGGCCAUCUUUCACGCUCGCCUGUGGCUCACCACCGACGCCAUCCCCACCAGGGAGAACUACUGCCCGGCCAUCAUGGAGAACCUCCUGCAACUCUGCCGCUCGCUGAUGCCCCGCUUCCCCUCCCUGAGCCGGAGGAUCCUGGCCAGGAACUAUACCAUCUCCGCCGUCUGGCACCGAGACUCCACCGUGCUCCAGAUCCGCGGGCUGAACGGGACGCGUCUGAGCAGCCUGGACGUCCUGCCGCCCGUGGCCAGCCACGACCAGAUCCAGGCCACCGCCGCCCACACCCUGGAGGACCUGUACCCCCUGGCCCCGACCAUUAACCUGGAGGAGCGCUACGUGUACCAGCUGAAGGACGACACAGGGUUCGAGCCUGGCUACCUGUACCAGCACCCUCACACCAUAUACUUCCUGGAAUCUGCCAACUGGAGCAAGGCCAGGAUGAAGCCGGAGCAGCUGAGGGCCAAGAUGAUCAUGUUCGCCUUCGGGAACGCCCUGGCCCGGGCCCGGGCCCUGCACGGGGAAGAGGCUCGGGUCCUGGAGCAGCCCAUCGUGGUGCAGGCCGUUGGCACGGACGGGCGGCUCUUCCAGUUCCUGGUCUUCCAGCUGAACACCACGGACCUGACCCCCAGCACCGGCAUCAAGAACCUCGUCUGGAUGGACGGGGAUCAGCUGCUCUACCAGCACUUCCGCUGCUACCCCAAGAUCCACAAGAGAGAAGUCGUGGAGCCGUCCGGACUCAUCGACUAUCAGCCCGACACCUUCAGGAAGUUCUUAGCCCUGUUCCUGCACGGAGCCAAGGAGCUGGAGCCGGGCGGCAUCCCGCCCUCCCACCCUUAGUCCCGGGGCGGGGGCCGGGGUAGCCUCCGCCGUCCAUUCAGCUUCCGCGCGGGUAAUAAAGUUCUGUUCAAUCGAGAGCCGUAGAGAAGUGCCCAGAAGCCCCGCCCCGGGCGCUGCCCGUCUCUACCACGCUCACCAAAAUCCCUGCUCGCCUCCGUGACCUCCCACCCCCUGGGGCCCGGGUGGCAAGGUAUGGGGGAACAGGUCCCGUGUCGGGCAGGCUGGCGGGGGACCCGUGACGAUAGACCCGUCCCUUAGUCACUCUGGCCCCCGCCAGGGAGAAGCCCCCUCCCCGCCGGCAGCAGCGAGGUGGCAGAUGAAGAAAAAAUCCACCUCCCGCAGGUGGCGUCUCCACCGAGGCACGACGCGCGGGCUCACCCCAGGGCCGUGGCCAAGAGGCCAGCCUGGCACAAGUGGGGGUGCGGGGUAAGCGACUGAGGACUCGAGAGUUCGGAAGAUACAGAAGAUUCACUAACUUCCCCCUUCAAUCUACCAGCGGGGGCUCGCACACCAAAAUCAAGGACCCGUCCAAGGAUCUAAGACACAGAAGAUUAACUGCCUCCUGCACUCUUCCGGCGGGUGUCACACACCAAAAUCAAGGACCCAUCCGAGGAUCUGCGCAGCAGAGGGAGAUGGAUGCGAGAGGGGCAAGGCAGGAUAAGGAAAGGGCUUGGAUUUGGAUGGUAGCGGUUUGGAUGGAGAGGGAGGGAUGGGUUCAGGUGAUGUGAAGGUAGAACUGACGGGAGUCGGUGACCGACUCAAGAUGCUGGUUGAAGAAGCGAUAUGCGGAGCAUUAAAACAUGGGCUUGGGAAACAUCAA